GUAAUCAAUAGAUCUGCCGUCGGUCAAUCCUGUACUGCUUUACCUUCCUUUUUCUGAAUAGUUUUUGUCAGCCAACAGCAUGAAAAAAGAUUAUACUGCAGGUAUACAUGUAAAUGAGGCUCAUGACACAAGAGGAGUGAAAAAUCAUUAGCCAUACACGUAGCUACCAGUAAAGGAGGCUAGGACGUGCAUGGUUAUGUACAUGGGACCGAGUGUGUUGUCCAUGCCAUGACUGGAUGACACCGAGAGAGUUGGGCUUUGUUUGUCAGCAUUCAUGUAGUCACUGGAAGGAGGUGCGAUGCUUGGCCGCAAGUGCUGCCGUUUGAUCACCUCCAGCCGGAUCGGCAUCUUCCUGCUGUUCCUGAUGCUAACCUGGGUGUACGCGUUCAUGAACUACACCUUGUACCGGGCCCAGCCCGGGGUGCGGGAGAGCGACCGGCUGCGGCAGAAGAUUUUGGAGGACAGCGAGCUGUACGUCAAGGCGCUGGCCAAUGAGGAGAGAGAAGGUCUGAACGCUCAAAACUCGGGAGUGGUGUAUGACCUGAAGCGAACCUUGGCCGUCCUUCUGGAAAACAUCCUGCAGCGCCUGGGCACCGUUGAGCAGAAGGUGGACAUCAUCUACACAAACGGCAGCCAGCUCUUUCGGAACCUCACAGGAUUUGCCGCAGCCGAGCAAAAGCAUGCGGCGAGGAGCGAGGCGGAAGAACACCAAGACGGCAUUUACACCAACAAGAGGAACAAAGGGGGCAGGAAGGAGCCCUUGGAUUAUGCGGAGGAAGAGGAAGAUGAACGACCAGUAUUAGCUAAAGAUUUAAUUAUGCAACCAGAAAUGAAAUGUUCGUAUCUCCGAGAUGAGCUUCGGGGAUACCCAGAUUGUGAACGGAAAAUUGCCUGGAUGAGGGAAAUGUGGUCAUCGGACCCCUGUUACAGCAAGUAUGGUGUGGAUGGCAGCGAGUGCUCCUUCCUCAUCUACCUCAGUGAGGUGGAGUCAUGGUGUCCAAUCCUCAAGUGGAGACCACAGUCGCCUAGGCCCCUUUUGACAGGGUCCAACAGACCCAAGGCCACCCUCAGAAAAGACAAGGAAGGUCUGAUGGCCAUUCUCGACAGGGCCAAUGCAGUCAAGCUGGAAUGGGUCAAACAGCGCAUAGAUCGCAUGUGGAACGACAAAUGGAUUCCUGCCAUGGAGGCAUUGCAGACGAAGCAGAACCUCACCAACAGAGAAGAAAAGAAGCAUCAGAUCUUGGUUCACAUGGGAUUACUGACCAAAGAGUCGGGGUUCAAGAUUGCCGAGAAUGCCUUCUCUGGGGGCCCCCUGGGUGAGCUUGUCCAGUGGAGUGACAUUUUAGCGUCGCUUUACAUCCUAGGACACAACCUGGAGGUGUCCGUGAUGUACUCAUCACUGAAAAGUUUUCUGAAAGGAAAGGGGGUCAUUAGUCAGAGUUGUCCGAUUGGAGGUGAGCGGCCCUUUGACCUGGUGUACAUCGACAUUGUGGGCUUGAAACAAUUCAAGAAGGCCGCUGGACCUCUCUGGAAGCAGCUCAACUGCAUGCUGCGAGUGAUUGAUUCCUUUGGUACAGAGCCGGCCUACAACAUCCGUAGCUACUCCAAGAGGACAGGUCGUAAGACGGACUGGGGAGGCUGGGAACUCCUCCCCAAGCAGUUCUUUACUAUGUUUCCUCACACGCCAGACAAUUCCUUUAUGGGGUUCGUAGUGGAGAGCAACAGGUACGAGACGGCUGUACCGGGGACUCGUGACAACAAAGCUCUCGUCUAUGGCAAGAUGUCUUACAUGUGGAAGUUCCCAGGACUUGAAAAUAAAGGAUCAUCAGAGGAUGCCAAUGCCAUGAAGUUUUUGGACAUCAUCCACCGGAAGUUUGAGAUCCAUGCCACUGUGCACAUUGAUCAGAACAAGACAGAUGAGGUAGGGGCCGUGCCGCCUUACGUCCACAAUCAUGGAAUCCUCUCUGGACGUGACCUGCAGCAUCUUCUUCUGCAGACGAAGCUGUUUGUGGGCCUAGGCUUCCCCUACGAAGGGCCAGCACCCCUAGAGGCCAUAGCCAAUGGCUGUAUUUUCCUCAACCCAUCCUUUGAUCCUCCGAAGAGCAAAGCCAACACCAAGUUCUUCAAGAAUAAACCCACUGACAGAGAGCUGACAUCACAGCACCCAUAUGCCGAGCUGUACAUCGGCAAGCCCCAUGUGCAGACCAUCGACAUUCAGAACUACACAGCCCUACAGGCGGUUGUGGAUGAGAUCAGCCAGUCUGCAGCACCUCCACCCUACCUACCCUACGAGUUCCAGUGUGAAGGCAUGCUGCAGAGACUCAGUAUCUACAUUGAGAAACAGGACUUCUGCAGUCGGCCCAAGUCUUGGCCACCAAAGUCGGCCAUGCACGUCAAAGUGAGCGACAUCAAUGAAUCGUGCAACAAACGAUGCAUGAGGGAUGAUCUAAUAUGCGAGCCCGCGUGGUUCCAUCUCCUCAACUACAGAGAUGUUUUAGAAAAAAACUUUAGGAGCUCGUGUUCCUCACUAGAGUCGAUGGAGGAGGUCUUUGUUCCCGCUGUCAACCCGGUCCGAUCAUCCUGCAAGCUACAGGGCCGACCCCUCCUCUACAGCUGCGCCAGUCAGGACCGAGACCUGAGGCGGAUAUGUCCCUGCCGCACCUACAUCAGGGGACAAGUGGCCUUAUGCAAAGAGUGCAUUUUAUGAUGAAUGAAACUUCCUCUGUCCGUGUCCGCGUCUGUCUGUGUCUGUCUGCGUCUGUCUGCGUCUGUCUGCGUCUCUUUGAACCUGUACGUCUGCAAAGGCAGUUGGACCUUUGAAGUAAAUGAGGAGCCAGCGAUCAGUGUUCAGUCAUCCAACGCACCGCCUUACACCUGUUUUUUCCAUGUAGUGUUUUCAUGGAUAUCUUUCACUCUGCAGACGUGUGUUCUGCAGUGACACCAGUAUUUCAAAUGUACUUGGAGCUACAAACAAUCUUUGGUAUCGUGAUUGGAGGCUUGUAUUUUAGGAGACCGUGAUGACGUUUCAUUAAUCCAAACGUUUGGAUAUAGCUGUGGUCGUUACUCUCUGUACAGGUUUUUUAAUCAGUGGGAGGUAAAUGACGCCAAACAACUUGUAGAAUUACCAACUUCUGCACUAUAAAAUGUUGUCUCAAAUGUAUUAAUUGUGCAAAAUGUUUUAUUGAAUGCUAUAUUGCUCUGCCUGCCUUGCCCACCUCGGCUCUACAGAAGAAUUAAGCAACAGAAACGGUCACCAAAAAAAAUCUUGUCACUGACUGUUGGCCUUUAUAAUGUUGUGGCAGUGUAAUCAGGAAUCAGACUUCUUACUGUGACACGCGUCAUGCCCAUUAAUACCCUUUUGCAACAUUUGCCAAACUGGCAACUCGUGCUCCAUUUUGAUGACCAAAAACCAAAGGUGGCCAAUGUUGCCCCAAACCCAGGGUAACUUUGGUCACCCCUUUUUGAAGCCCCAGGACACCAAUAAAUUUUGAAAUUUCCUUUUUUUUCAGCAUCUCUGAAAAGAGGGAAAUUGAAAUUGGUUGUCUUUAACUGAGAAGAAAUGAUAACAUACAUGUGAAAAAUGGCUGCAAGUGACCCCAUGUUAGGGUACAGUCGUCGAUCCGUGUUCUAGACAAGCAGUUUCUUCCUCAGCUCAUCUGAUUUCCUUUUUCUUCGGUUGCAAUUACCAACCGAGAAACUCUACAGAUUUGUGUGCAGCUCGGAAUUUCCUCAUUUCUGCCUCUGAUUUGCAUGCUUGACGACGAUGGUAACAUCUUAGGACUGGCUGUUUUUGCAUACAGGCCCCCCUUCAGUCGAUCCAUAUUGCAUAUAAUUCACAGCACCCGCGGGAAAAACAUUUUAGGCUUCGCGAGUAGCAACGAAUAGUACAUAUCUAGAGUUUCCCUGAAGGUGCGAUCAAAACUAGUUCUGAAAGAGGGUGUCAGUAUUUUUUAUAUUCUUUUUACCUUAAGCUGUAGAAAAUACUGGAUCUGGGCUGGACGAAAUCAACACUGGCACCGCAAAUUGGCACUUCUACAGUGUUACGCACGUACAUUUAAUGUAUAGGAUAUCAGUUUGUAGUGUCAUUAAUGAAAUCUGCUGAAACCCCCGGACGUUCGUAGAUGUCGCCCACAUCGUAAAGGAUUACUUGUUAAUGGUAUUUUCCAAAGGGAUGCUUGCCUUGACGUAUGAUAAUCUUCCCCCACGAUUAUGUUCACCCACCCUCAUGUUACCAACGAAAUUCUCCAGAAGAUUCAAGUGGCAAAGACCGGAGGUCUUGUUUCAUAAUGUCAAGGCACUUUUCUGCCGUCUUCUUUUCAGCAGCGAGGGAUUUUUUUUAAAUCACCCUGAAAAGACUAACGCAUAAACACCUGUUUCAUUUUUGGAGAGAAAAAGCAACACAAAGUUCCUUUUUGCACAAAGAAACGCAUUGAGAAUGAUGUCGAAAUUGAGACUUUGUACCACUCUCAUUAGUACGUAUGUCACACUUUGAGUUAUUUGUUCAUUAUAUCUCGGACUUGGAGCCGGUUUGUGCUUGAUGAAAUGUAAACCUGUCAUUAUCUCACGGUAUAAGUGGCACAAACCCACUCCUGGCAAAAAGGUUGUCGGUAGAUAUCGACUAUACAUCUUCAACAUCACCCGUAAAAAAGCACCUGUAAGGUUUCAAGACUUUGAGUUUAGGGAUCGAAUCUGAGACUACUUAUUUAUCGUUGUAAGUCUAUCCCCUGUCCAUCAUAUAUUGCGAAUCUUGGCGAGAUUUUUUCUGAAGUCCCAGAGAGUGAAUCACUUUGUAUAGUUCAGCUGAACUGGGAAUAUUUCAUCAGCAUGCAAACAGUAUUGGCCGGGCUAGAGCUGCAGUCCUCUGUCUGUCAAUGACUCAGUGGAUUUGAAGAGGUAGGUAUCAAAAAUGAGGUUUUGAGGAUCUAGGUUACCGGGGUGAUAAAUGCUGCAGAUGAACGUUUCUGUAUGUGUGAAUGAGUGGCGUUCGUCCACCAAAAGCUGUCCACCGGCAAAUAAAAGCAAAAUUAAUCUAGAGUCUAUUCUACGCUGUCCUUAGUCGGUUGUACAUUUCUACUGAUUUUAACCCACUUCUCAAAAGCCAGGGAGCUGAAAUUAUAUGCUUAUCUUAUUUGUACACGUGUUCCUGAAGUAUAUGAAGGUAUGAAUUUACCUUCAGAAAAAAGGCUCCGUUAUUUUACUUACUUUUGAAAGUAAAAACGAGAAACUAUUUCCGUUACUUUUGAUGGUUCUGUUAACCUGUGCACUGUUCAGGUUUCCAGGGAAUUGAAGGAGUGAAUCGGCCUUUUUUUUAGAAAAAAAUUAUAUUUCGUUCUGUUUUUGAUCUGUUCGUCUUCGUUUUGUGUUUUGUUUUUGGGGUUAAUUUUUGGCAUUCAUUUUUGAUGUUUUAUGUGUACUGGCGUUGAUAAUGCUAAAAAUAUGCCAUUGAAAUAUGUCAGAUAUAUUUAUUGUAGUGUUUAUUGCUAUAAUUUUUAUACAUGAUUUUCUAUCUGUUACCUUAAAGCAUGAUGUGGUACCAAUUAUAUUCCUAAUGAUUUGAAAAGGAGUUUUGUAUAGAUGAGAUAUCUGCCAGAACUGUAAUGAUAGCCCUAAGUACUUCGAAGCAAAAUAGCAGAUGGGAUAGUCAAGCCGUAAUUAAGGAUCAAUGGAUACCCGUGGGCAUGAAUUUUUAAGGUUUUUUUUUCGUUGAAAGUCCGCAUCCUUUGCGGCCAUGUCUAGUUUAAGCUGUUCGUAUGGCAUAUUUAUUAGUAAGCCACAGACAUCAAAUAUAAAACAAAACAAAAAACCUAAUGAGCUUUCACCGCUCCUUUGCAGUUUCGGAGAAUUUAUUUAUUCUUCAUCAAAGUGAAACUUGCGAGGAAACGUUACAGGGGUAUUAGGAAACGUCAUGUCUCUUUGGUUGAUGCCAAACCUGAGAGUUCCCGAACGAGGUGAUCUUACACGAGUGAAUUAAAAAGGGACAUGUACUUGCAGUACUUUUUCGAAAUCAUAACACAUUUGGAUUGGAUGGGGAUUGGGGGUAAAGAGAUAAUGAAAUUAAGAAACAAUUGCAGUGACUGAAUAUACGUUUAAUUUACUCGAACAGGUCAGGAACAAACAAUUCUGAGCGUAACACGGGUGGGAGGUUGUAUUGAUAUCGCAGAAAUUUCCAUACUCCGGGAACGUGGGCUAAUAUGGGACGUUUUGUGGUGUAUCCGUGUCAGUUUAUUUUGUCUAAGUGUUAACAUUUUGUCGUGCCAAAUUGUCGUACUUCAAAGUGAAUGAAUGAAAUAUUGAUAAUUAUAUUGGUACUUUGUCCUUUGACAUGUUUUAAAGAUUUGUAUAAAGCUUAUUAUAGAGAUGCAGUUCAUUUGGUAGCAUUUGAAGCAAAUUGUAUAUAAAAGGCAAAUCUAAAUAUUUUUAGGCAUAGAAUUAUUCAAAAGUCAAUUGCUGCUCUCAUUUGAGUUUUUUGUCGAAAAGGUUCCUCCGUUUUACAUUUGAAUCGGAGAUGGGCGCUCACAUUCCAAAUCUGCAUAUGUACAAAAGUGGAUGAAAUCCGAAAAACCUUUUUUACCAAAUGACCAAUUUCACUUCAGUAAUUGUGGAUUUAUUUUUAUGUUUUAAUGUAACUUGUGUUCGUGGUUUGCCACAUAAGAUUUUGUUCUACACAUAGUGUUUGUUGGGGUAACCUUUUCCCUGCCAUUCACCCUAUGUACCAAGCACUGCAGUUCGUCACACCUGGGAAUAAUAAACAGAGACUUAGCAUUUUGUUGCACUCAGAAAUUGCGUCUUUUGAUUUUUAUUUCGAAUGAAAUAUUCAUGAUGCGGGGACUUUGGUGUCGUGUGUGACGUAAAUGUAGCAGAACGGAUUCAUUUUUUUUGGUGUCUCCAUCACGUUAAAAGGUUUUUAAAUUGAGCAGCAUAGUAAUUUGUUACUGACAAAUAAAAAGGCCAGGAUAUCGAGGAUAGGUGGA